CCUCUCAGCCGGGAUUGUCAACUUUUCAGCGUUCUCGGGUUACAUGUUUGGUCUGGGGAUUCGAGAGUCCGGAAAAAAGCAGUGGGCUUUUCUUCUUCAAAAUCACCACAUUUUGGUGAUUUGAAGGCGCUUUUAUCGUUCAGAAUAUUCAGAGGAGAUUCUGAGGGAGUUGUAGGAGUCGUGUAUGGCGUAUCAAGGCAAGGGAAUGCCUGGGCACGUUCACAACUACCGGCCUGUCCAAGGACCGAGCGGCGGGCAGCCGUCCAACCAAGUGCCGAGGACCGUCCCUGGAGCUCCGCCUAGAACCGUGCCUGGGCAGCAACCGCGAUCUCACCCCACACAAGCAGAUGUUCGCACAAAAUCUGUGCUAAAAGAAGCCGUCGAUGCCGUGGUGAACAGUUUUGCUAAACACACACACGGCUAUGGAAGAGUGAAUGUAGUGGAAGCGCUGCAGGAAUUUUGGCAGAUGAAGUCAUCACGAGGUGCAGAUUUUAAGAACGGAGCUCUUGUUGUUUACGAGUCCCAACCAUCGGCCAGUCCACCCUACGUCUGCUACGUCACUCUGCCUGGGGGCAGCUGUUUUGGAAGUUUUCAGAAAUGCCCCACCAAAGCUGAAGCCAGGAGAAGUGCAGCCAAGAUUGCAUUGAUGAACUCAGUCUUUAACGAACAUCCCUCCCGCAAAAUCACGGACGAGUUUGUGGAGAAGGCCAUUGGGGACGCAGCAAAGUCAUUUAAGGGAGCUCCAGGUGAGAUUGACAAUCCCAACACUGGCAUCGGUGCCUUCAGGUUCAUGCUAGAGUCCAACAAGAGCAAGAGCAUGCUGGAGUUUCAGGAGUUGAUGACAGUUUUCCAACUUCUCCACUGGAACGGGAGUCUGAAGGCCAUGAGAGAGAGGUCAUGCACACGGCAGGAGGUGCUUGCGCACUACUCCAACCGCACGCUGGACGAUGACAUGAGAAGCCAGAUGGCGCUGGACUGGAUUUCCCGCGAGCAGGAGACUCCCAGCGUCAUCUCGCGGGAACUCGCCAUGGCCGAGCAGGAACUGGAAAGCUGCCGCGCGGCCGGGAGGGAGCUACGCUUCCCGAAAGAGAAAAAAGAUAUCCUCAUGCUGGCCUGUAGUCAGCUUGAACCCAUGACUGCUUCUAUGUGUUAGGCUGAAGAAAGCUUUCUCACUCUUUUGUACUUCUCUAAAGUAUUUUUCCCUCUCCAACAUCUUUCUACAACAUUGUCAACAUCUGGAGUAAGAACAAAGAUACAAAACACUUUGGAGACGAAAGAUAUGGCCUGCAGUCAACUGGAACCCAUGACUGCUUCUAUGUGUUAGCUUAAAAACAGCUUUCUCACUCUUUUUGUACUUCUCUAGAGUAUUUUUCCCACUCCUAUAUCUUUUUACAACAUUGUCAGCAUCUGGAGUAAGAGCAAAGAUACAAAACACAUGG